UGGGUGAGGGAAUCCCUAAACGUCAUCGCCUAGGAUACCAAAAAACAAAAACACCGCUCCAUGAACCAUAUAUGGGCAUCUACGUCAGCGGAACUCCAGUGAGGGGCGGAGACAGAAUUCUGUACUUUACAAAGGUUCCUGGAUGGUUUCAUUCAGAAGACGAGGGACGCCGGCUCGCGCGCACGAAUUCGCUGUUUAUUAUCGCUGACCAAAACACGUUGCGGACAUUAUUAUUUGUUGUUGGGGUUUUUUUUUUUCAUGGAUUUAUAAAUGCACACUUCAAAAAAACGGAACCUUUUAGGGAUGGUUAUAUCUCCAGCCAGUGUGGACGUCUCGGCUUUGGAGUUGUAAACUUGUUUCCCCCCAGCGCAGAACGGGAUUGCCAUCUUAAUGCAACUUUUUUGGAAAGACACGAAAGGCUUCUUGACUGACUCUUCCAGUAAAUCUUGUUACGACAGUGCACUAGAACGCCGAAUGUUUCGCUGGGCGCCAGGUGACGUGCCAUUUUCGCCGGGAGCGAGCGCUUUCUCGUUUCCACUCGGCUCUGCCGGGGAGAUGUUCCAGGGGUUCCCCGGUGACCCGGACAGCGGCUCCCGUGGAAGUUCCUCUCCAUCGGUCGAAUCUCAGUACCUGUCUUCGGUGGACUCCUUCGGGAGCCCCUCCACCACCACUGCACCACAAGAGUGUGUAUCUUCUGCUGGAGGUGUAGGGGUGGGUGGCGGGACAGCUGGCAGCACUCCAGGGGUGGACAUGCCUGGCUCCUUCGUUCCCACAGUGACUGCCAUCACCACAAGUCAGGACCUGCAGUGGAUGGUGCAACCUACCCUCAUCUCCUCCGUGGCACCAGGGCAGAGUGGCACAGGUACGACCACCAUGACCCAGUCAGUGGCCCUGGACCCAUAUGACAUGCCAGGGCCAAGCUUCUCCUCCGUCUCGGGCUUCACCCCUCCCAGCUCGGACACCCCAGGUCCUGUGCGCCAGUCAAGGAGCCGCCGGCGCACACGUGACGAAACGCUGACUCCAGAGGAGGAAGAGAAGAGGCGCGUCAGGAGAGAGAGAAACAAACUGGCCGCCGCUAAGUGUCGCAAUCGACGGCGUGAGCUUACAGACAGGCUACAGUCGGAAACUGACAUACUGGAGGAGGAGAAGGCUGAGCUGGAGGCUGAGAUCUCAGAGCUGCAGAAGGAGAAAGAGCGUCUGGAGUUCGUCCUCAUCACCCAUCAACCGAGCUGCAAGAUCCCUUACCAGGAGGAGCAGCAGCAGACACCAGCGCCUCCUCCACCUCCGUCCUCCUCUGUUUCAGUGGUGGGUUUGACUGUGAAGGAGGACUCGUUCUACCUGCCUCCACCUUACUCGUCCCACCACCACCACCACCAGCAGCAGCACCACCACCACCAGCAGCAGCAGCCAGCGCAGCAGCAGCAGCAAGGGAUGAUGCAGGAGGUAGCCUUUUCUAGUUCUUUCUAUGGGCCGAGCCAGCCGGCGCCGGGUGGCCCGUGCCUUGUCGCUGACGGCGGCGGUAACCCUGACGCUGGCAGCCACAACCCCUCAUACACAUCUUCAUUUGUGUUCACCUACCCAGAGGGAGCCUGCGGUGCCAGCGCUAACCAGCGAACCAGCAGCAGCGAGCAGUCCUCUGACUCUAUGAACUCGCCCUCACUUCUUGCACUCUAAAAGCCCUGACCCCUUCUUUGCUGUCAUUACCUUUUUUCACACACAUGUACACACACUCACACACACACACACACACACACACACACAUGCAAUCAUUCACUUUAUCAUGCGCAGCACAAUAGGUGUGCUCAGCCUCACUGACAUUUUUCAAGAAGAUACCUUUUGCAUAUUCAUAUUGCAUAUUCGCAUCUUAUUAUACAGUUAUAUUUAUUGCAAAAAAAAAAAAGUACAAAAGUUCUCACAGUCUUGUUGCUCCAGCUGAAUGGUUUUUUGCACUGGUGCUUCAGUUGUUUAACUCAAGCCUGAAUCACUAUCAGAUAAAGUAUUAAUUUGUAAUAGAUUCAGACAUAGUAACAAAAUGAGUCAGCGCCUGUGACAUCCCCCCCCCACACACACACACUCACAUGUUAAAAUGACACCUAAUAAUGCACUUAGUUAUAUUUAUCCCUCCUCUUGCUCGGUCUCUUUCUUUCUCCAUCACUCUCGUUCUGUCCUGUUGCUCCUGCUCACUGCUGGUGUCCGAGCUCUCUUUUUGCAAUCUGAUCCUCUGCACGGUGUAUUUGUCUGAAUUGAAAAGGGGACAAGCACCUUCUGUGGCUUCGAUAUGUUGUUUUUUUUCUGCUUCUGCACUCAUCAUCCUCUAUCUAAUCCUUCCUUUCCCUCUCUGUCGUUGUGCCUGGACUUUUAAAUAAUAAGAGACAUCAUUUCCCUCUACAAUCAAUCAAUCAAUGAGUCAAUCAGUCAGUCGAAUCACUAUCUAUCUCUUUUUCUUGUCUCCUGCAUCGUCCAUCUGCCCAUCUGUUUCUCCUCUCUUCUGUCUCUAUGUGCCUCUGGUUCUCUGUGAAGCCUUCAGCCCCCGAGAGCCCAUUGGACCCUGAAAGCCCAUGGAACCUUGAAUGAUGGCCGGGCCACCCCAGCACCACAGACAACCCCCCCUUUUCCCUUCCAGCAUGGACCGACUGCCACACUGCACAGAGGAAACGCAGGAUUAAAAAAAAAAAAGAAAAAAACAAACAAAUCCAAACAUACCAGCUACAGCACACAGGUCAAAACCAGGAUCGAAUGGCAUUUCAGAGCAGGCAUUGUGUUCUGUUUACCUUCUUUGACCCGGAGGAAUUGCAAGUGUGAUUUAGAAAACCAAAUGGACCUGACUGAUAUAGAAAAUGACUUGAGAGGCCGGCGCUGACGGAGGAGCUUUUAGAGCUAGAUAUCCUCUCAUGUCCUGGACACCUCUGAGAAGGAGAAAGCAAAAAAAAAAAAAAAAAAGCCACAUGAAAAACGAGCGCUCAUCUUGUGUCCUGCCAAAUGCCAUCUCUUUAUCGUUAUUCGUCCACGUAUGUUUCAGACCAUUCUUUUCUUUUUUUUUGUACAAUCCUAACUCCCUUUAUUGAAGACUGUUUUCAGUGGCUUUCUAUCUGUUUCCGCAAUAGUAUUAGCUUUGACCUGACAAAAAAAAAAACGAAUGUUACAUGUAAAAACUGCUUUUAAUGUGAGUGGCACAGGUUUUUCAGUCAGUGCUUGUUAUAGUUUGUUAUAGUUACAAACAAAAACAUUUAAAACCUCUUUAGAAUUUUGACUAAAAGGCCUCUUUGCGGCUGGACGUUGCCCUUUGGUAAUAGAUCAGCAGGCAGCUGCAGGCUUUAAUUGUGAAAGAGCAUCACUGAAGCUGCUUCUCCAGUUUAUUUCUUUCUUUAAGGAGGAGGUUGAUGUGGUGAAGAAGCACAAUUGUGGGCCAAGACAGAUUGAGGAAGAGCAAACAGGAGUUGUUCAUAAAUAUGAAAACUUUAUUUUCCUGUGAAUUUGUUAAAUAUCGUUUUGGAUAUAUAUAUUUUUUUGUUGUUGUUGUUUUGUUUUUUCUUUUUUUUUUCGGUUAAGCUUUUUCUCUCGCUUUUGACUGUGUUAUUGCUGCCAAAUGGAGGAACCUUGUGGAGCUGUGAACUGCUCCUUUUACUCUGUUAUUGUAUUGUUAUUAUUAUUUCAUUGUUAUCUUACAUUUGGCAACUAAAAAGACAUGUCGUGCACUAUGAACCUUUUUUAUGUCCUAUAAAGUAACCUAAAUGCUAUAUAUAUAUAUAUAUAUAUAUAUAUAUAUAUAUAUAUAUAUAUAUAUAUAUAUAUAUAUACAAUGAUUGUAAUGUAAGAAUGUGUAAAAAUGUAAAAUGGUUAUUUUUGUUAAUGAAGAAAAAAGAGGGUGAGCUUGGUGCGGCUGGUUUUGGUUUAAAACAUAGAUAUUUUUCUAAAAGAACAAAAAAGUAUAUUAUGAUAUACAAUGAUAACCCGCCUUUCCUUCAAUAUGAGAAGCAUUGUCACUGCCUUUGCUCUAUUGCUGUGUAUUUAUAUGUUCUAUAUAUAAAAACACAUACAAUGAUAUGUAUGAUGAGUGUAUUCUGUGGUGCAUAUAACGGUCUAUAUGUAUCAUGGGUUUAUAGAGGUGAUGCUGUGCUCUCGCUCUUUGUCAGUGUGAGGUUGGUCCUACAGUCCUUGCUCAGCAAAACAACCCCUGUGGACAAAACACACUGGAUGCAAAUGAGAAAAAAAAAACCCAACAACAAUAAAAUCAAGUGAAGAUAAGAAGUGUCUCAAUGUAAAGUCUGUACUCAUGCAGAAAUUCCUAUUGGAGAAAUGUUCAAGUCCUACUGUAUUUCUGGGUUGAUUACAACAUUCCAGUGUGUACUGUCCCAUGUGAAGUUGCAAACACAUGCACACACACAUAAGCUUUUCUCUCUCUCACAUAUGCAAGAUUUUGACAGGAAAUAAAUUCCUAUUAAAGAGGAAGGAUAGACCAGCAGGGAUGAUUUUGCACAAUCAGUUUACAAAGCAGCUGUUAAUGGUUCUCAUUAUUUGUACAAGUGUUUCACGGGAUGAACUUCAGAGAAAAAAAAAUGUGAGUCUAAUUUCAUUCAAAAUCAAUACUGCACCGUAAUGCUUGAUGAUAUUAAGAUCCUCUUAAACUGGCUCUGUGGUUGAGAUGUUCGGUUUUAAAUGAAAAGUAAGGAAUUUGCAAAGGAUGUAAGCAUUUUCUUUUGUAGAAAGUGAAAUUUUAGGAGAAUUGGAGGAUGGAAUGAUAUUGCACAAAAUGUCAAACACAGGCACAGUGUGUGAAAGUAACAAGCUAGAUGUUUAACAUUAGCUCAGAAAAUACAGAUUGUAUCCUCUGUGGUGUCUCUUAGAGACGUUGCAUUAUUGCAUGCAGAACUUUCAAAUCUGCUGGCAUUGGUGCUCAUAGUACGCUGUUGGUGCUUUUAAAACAAAAUAUAGUGUUACUGUAUCCUUUACUGUAUACGACAUGACACUAGUAUGGUUAUUACAUUGGGAGCAGCGCAUGGCAGAGAUUUUGCUUUGCAAAGAUGUUCCGUUCAGUUCAGAAACCAACAUUGCUGCAGUGAUUGUCUUUGAUGUUUCAGAUUAGUUUUUGAAAAAUGCAUUUUAAAUGCAAUAUAGAUGAUUAGAUUACCUGGGGCAACACUGGCAUGUAGCACAAUAGCUAACCUGCAAAAAUGGCUUUUCUUAAUGUUUAAUAGUGUCAAGAUGUGGAUGAAUUUAAGGCUUUGCCUUAGUGGAUAUGUUCUCAUUGAUGAAGCUUUGUGUCUCUUUGUUAUCCCAAUCUGCCUUUGUCGAGUCAACAAGCGACUUUUUUAAUAAUGUUUUCAAAUCCAAACAUACAAAAGUGACCACUUGUUAAAACAGAUAAAGAAAAUGAAUACAAUUUUUGUUUGACAUUUUGUGGCCUUUUUUUUUCUGGAAGUGGUGGCUCUAUUAGUAACAUGAACAACACAGCACUUCGGGUGAAUUUGAACCAGCCCCUUAUCAGUAUCUGUAUGUCUGUGUAUAUUUUGGUGUACAAGAAAUGACAAUGUGAAAAAAAUGUGUGUUUGAGAUGUAUUUGGACUGAACUGGCUGGAAUAAUUUAGGUUAGGGGAUGUUAGUUCUGUAGUACAGAACAUUUUGACCCACCAAUCCUGGCCUUUUCAGUGAUUCUUAUGCUCUCAUAGUGUAUCUUUUACAAUCUCAAUGGGUCUUGGGGGCUAUAACAGCAUACUCCAUAUAUUAUCUUUCUCAAUUUCUACUACAAUUUCUCUAUCUUAUUAGUCCUUUACAAAAACAUUUAGAAGGACUUUUUACUUUGUUGCAUAGGCUGUGAACCCUGAGUGUGCUAACCUAUUUGGAUCUCAUCGUAUGACCAUCAUGACUUUUUUUUUUUUUUAAGUGGCAUUAAAAUAAACUGAAGCAUAUUGAAUAGUUUUA